AACACCAAUCCCUUUAUCUCCCUCAAAAUCUUGAACGUGGUUAACUUCCAAGAGAAGAUGGAGAUCAAGCAUAUUAUCGUCCUCAUCUCCAUCUUCUACCUAUUGCGUAGUUCUUCUUCUAGUAGAACUCCUUUGCCCUCUUCUAGUAAUAACAGCCCACUGGAUGCCAAUUCAUCGACGCUCGAUGGGCCCUACGAAAGUUCCGUAGAUUUGACACCCGACACAUCGGAAGGCGGCUCAUCAACACCCGUGGCUCCGGACGAGAGUUCCGCAGAUUUGACACCCGACUCACUGGACGGCGUCACGUCAAAUCCCGAAGCCCCGGACGAGACAGUAAAUUCAUCGUUCUCACCGGAGGAGUCACCCCAUUCACCGUACUACGGUGCCGUAGAUUUGACUCCCGAAGGACCGCGUCCGUCGGCUUCGUUCUCGUUUACCUUAAUGCCCGGCACCAGUAACCCUGAGCUGGAGAAAAUCUGCAAAGAAACCGAGCUGCCCAUCGAAUGCAUGAAAUCCAUCUCCCCAUUAUUAAACGACACCGUCCAGGUCGAGCCUAUCACCGUGGCGAAACUGGGGAUUGAAUUGUCGACCAACAUGUCGAGACAAGCCGCCGACACGGCCACCAAGUUAUACGAUGAUCCGGAAGCCUCGGGAGGCCUCAAAGAAGCCCUCUCCGUAUGCAUCGAAAACUAUGAAAGCAUUCCCGACGACAACGACCUUGCGCUCCUAGCCCUCAACGAGCACAACCUGGAGGAGGCGAUGAUUAAGCUAAGUGGCCCACUCACCAGCAUGGAGACCUGUCUCGAUGCGAACCAUCAAAUGCACAAUUUUUCGCCGAUGAGGGACAUGGAAGCAGAGCUUGAGGCACUUGUUCGCGUCAAUCUUCACAUUGUUACCGAUUUGGUCAAAUUUUAAAAUAUUCAAUCUGUU